UCAAAUUGUUUAAUUUCCUGUGGCAGUACUCUUCCUGAGUUCUAAUUGCUACAAAACACAACUGUUAGGUCCAACAAUGCAUCCAAGGUGCCUAAUUCUUAUUUCUUUCAACUCUCUUGCCCUCUUCCUCACCUUCUUCAUCUCCUUCAUCCUCUUCACGAUCCGAAUUAAAUCACCAUACCUAGCUGGGUCGGCAUCCGAAUGUAACAUCAAACUUAACACGACAUCUGACCAAGCCCAUGCUCGAUUCCGCCUCCUGAUAGGUAUCUUAAUGCGCCCUGAUAGUUAUGAUCGCCGCCACUUCCUUCGUCUCAUUUAUGGAAUACAGUCCUCUCCAUUGGCGGAAAUUGACGUUAAGUUUGUCUUCUGCAACCUCACAACUGAGCAGAAGACACUCGUGGCCUUAGAGAUCUUACGUUUCAACGACAUUAUCAUCCUUAACUGCACCGAAAACAUGAACUCCGGGAAGACCUACACCUACUUCUCCUCACUCCCCCACAUCCUCCCCAGGCACUAUGAUUACGUCAUGAAGGCUGAUGAUGAUGUCUUCCUCCGCAUUGAGCCGUUAGCUGCCUCGCUGGAGCCCCUGUCUCGAUGGGACUUGUACUAUGGAUUUGUGAUCCCAUGUCCAAGUAUGAACCCUUACGUGGAAUACAUGUCAGGAAUGGGUUUCGUAUUGUCAUGGGACAUCAUCGAGUAUAGGAAAUCGGAGAUUCCGAUGAAUGAUCAACACGGCCCAGAGGACAAGUUAGUGGGGAGGUGGUUGAAUCUGGGAGGCAAGGCAAGGCACCGACACACAGAGAAGCCGGGUAUGUACGACUACCCAGGAAUGAAUGGGAGGUGUUCACAUGAGCUCAUACCACAAACCGUGGCGGUUCAUAGGCUUAAAAGAUGGGACCAGUGGUUUCGCGUUCUUGAGUUCUUUAAUGUUACCAAAGAGCUUAAGCACUCCAAACUUAACCAUUUUUGAGAUUUUGUUUCAAUUAAGAGAAAAAAGCCCGAAAAUUGGGAGAAAAAAAGCCCGAAGAAAAACUGUGGAUCUCUCUUAGGUAUUUGGUUGUGAUGUUCGGAAAAUGGGCGUGCCUGACAUCCUCUUGAAGGGAUGAGCAUCUAAUCUAGUUGACGAAGACACCUCUUCAAACUCCAUGCUAGCAUAACUUGCAAGAAGGGCAAUAUCGGUAGAGAAUCUCAUUUUCCCUCUCUGAUGCUUAAAUGAGUAUU